AUGGUGGACGACGUCAAGGUGCAAGAGCUCGGGCGACACGCGCUGGACGCUGCAGCAAUCGGUUGUUUGCAGAGCGCCGUGAGCCGCAGCGCAUUUGUCGCUAUUGACACGGAGAUGGGCGGGAUCUCGUGCCACGACAUGCCCCGUCCCAGUGUCAUGGACUCGAUUGAUGAGCGCUACGCACAGUACCGAGCAAGCGCCAAGCAGUUCCCGCUCGUGCAGUUUGGGCUCGCGCUCUUCAGCUGGCACGCCGAGUCGCGGAGCUUUCACGUCGAGACGUACCAGUUCCCGCUGUUCCCACACUUCCAGGAUAACAAGGGGGUUCACUCGGAAGCUGCGACGAACGGGACAGCAAGGGGAGCGUUGGCCUGUCCAGACAGGAGAUUCUUAGUGCAAGCCAAGUGUCUGCAGUACAUUCGAGCGCACGGCUUCGACCUCAAUGUCUGGAUUGAUCAAGGGAUUGGCCACUUGUCGCACAGCGAGCAACAACAGGAACCGUGCAAGUCGGCGCUGGCCAAGUCAGCGAGACCCGAGAUCUUGAGACGGUUUGACCCGGGAGAACCAGCGCUGAUCACGGACGAGACGCAAGUGUUCCUGGACCAGUUAACGAGCAAGUUGAAGCAAAGACUUGCGUGUUUUGACGACGAGGCUGAAAAUGAUCGAGCGACUGAGGCAAGUGGGGACGGCGUGCAAGACGAUGAUACUCGACGCCGUGGACGUUGUGGCAGCAAGAAGAAGAUGGAGGAGAAGAAUGGACGAAGCGAACGGAGAGACGGUGAUACAAGCGAUUGCGACGGUCGGACCCCGCUUGGCGACACGACAAGUGCGAAUCGGAACGAGAAGAACAAGUCUGACGUACAGCCGCAUGAUGUUAAAGCAGAUGCCAAGGCUGGACCGAAGGAGGACGAUACUGAGGAGGAAGAUGAAGAAGUGGAGGAUGCUGGACAGCACAAGGCCAUUAAGGGUCUGCAGCAAAGUGAAGAGGAAGCGAGCUCUGGUCCGGAUGAUGACAUGGUUGUCACGAUGAAGCAGUUUCUGCUGUCACCAGUGCCCAUUGAUCCAACCUCCAGCCCAUGUGGUGUCUACGUGACUGAACCACUAGCACCCUUUCGUCGCCACGCCCUCGUACAGCAUCUCCGUGAGAUCCUUCCUCAUGCUCUGGCACUGGAUUGCAAGGUGGACAAUCUGGACGACAAGGAAGUCGCACGGAAUCCGUGGAAACGUCGUGUUCGCAUCGUCCGAGCACGGUCCAAACGGCAGCAACAAGCGCUGGUGCUAGCCGACCAACAGCUUGCAGACGACGAGAUGCGAGAGCGGAACCUCAGUCUGAUUGGGUUCACGGCUGUGCUGGACGUGAUUGCAGCCGCGCACAAACCGAUCGUUGGGCACAACCUGCUCCUUGACCUCAUGCAUUGCUACGAGAAGUUCCAUGGACCGCUGCCUGAGCAGUGUACCGAGUUUCAACGGGAGGUCCACGCGUGGCUUGGUGAGGGCGGAGGCAUUUUCGACACCAAGACGCUUGUCAACAAAGCUAUGCAGCAAAGUGACUCCUUUGCUGCUCAUUUGACACACACCUCGCUCGAGCAUUGCUUCGAGGUGUUGUCGAAGCACCCAUUCUAUGGUCCAGGAGUCCAAAGCGUGCAGCCAAGUCGAAAGACUGUUGCUGAUGCAGCACGUGAGAAUGGCGAUCAAGUGCCGGAUUCCGCUCAAGUACCGCUUCAGGCGCACCAGGCAGGAUAUGAUGCAUUCAUGACGGGGUUUGUUUUCUUACGGGUGUGUUCCGGCCUAGGCGUAUCGAAUGAGUGCAUGGCGUCUCUGGGAAAGUCAUCACAAGGAUCAAGUCCAAGUCGCAUUGACAGACCACUCGAGAGGUUGCGAAACAAGUUGUUCGUGAGCCACUUCCUGCCCACGUAUGUGCUCCAUCUACCGGGUCCGUUUCCGCAACCCACCCCAACGCCAUCGCGCUCUCGAUUCGUCCGAAUGAAGCUGACCCGAACACGGGCACCACCAGCAGAUACGACGGCUUUACCGAGUGGUGGUGGCAACAAGUUCUGUCCAGCUUUGAAGACGUUCCACAUCAAACAUUGUGUAGGCUGGACACUCAAUCUGCAAUCAGCAACGAGGCUUUUGAACGUGCAUUGGGAAGGACAGCAGUGCGUUUACGUCGAGUUACCGUCACCUGAGGCUGUGGAGCAGCUCUUGGCAGUACGCAGCCAAACCGAAGAGCGCUGGGGGUCGACGAUCGACCCCAUGCCAUCAAUCGGGUGCGUCGAUUUGGAUCGAUGCCGUGCAACGGAUUGCCGCGCAGAGAUGGGGACAAUGGCGACGAUGUCGGUGCAGUCCACAUAUGUCGAGGAGAAGACUCGCAGGAAGAGAAAACGCUGCGGAAUGGAUUGA